GGGAAACUUAAACAGGAACUGCUUGAGAUUCUACAGAUACUGAAUCGACUACGCAGAGUGACUAGCAUUUUUAUUUCAUCUUCAGUAACCAAUGCGCCAUGUGCUGGCUUUUUGUUUUCAUUCUUUUCAUUUCAUAUGUUGGCAUUCAGCCAUCGAUGAAGUUAAGUCUUCAAACUGAAUCAACAGUCACCAUCCCAUGUGGUUAUGAUAGGGCAUAUAUACACCAUAAGAAAUACUGGUGUUCUAAUUAUUAUUUAUCAUUCAGUUCCUGCUCAGUUCAGGCUUAUGCCAAUAAUACAAAGGGGAAAGUGACAGUGACUGAUAACCCAGCUGAGAGUUUCUUUACUGUGACUCUGGAUCAUCUCCAGACAAAAGACACUGGAUGGUACUGGUGUGGUGUAGAGAUAGACAGAGGUCCAGAUGUCAGAGAAGCCCUUUACAUCACAGUGAAAUCAGAUACUGAUCUGUCAGUGAAAGAGAGCAGAGUGAGAGGUGAGGAAGGAGGCAGCGUCACAGUCCAGUGUCUCUACAGUGAAGAGAAUCAGAAUAAAAAGAAGCAGUGGUGCAGAUUCAAAGAUGGACAAUGCUACAUGGUGGGGACUGAAACAUCCCAGAAUUCAUCAGUGUACAUCAGUGAUGAUGGGAGAAGAUCCUUUAGUGUGAGGAUGAGUGGACUGAAGAAGAGUGAUGCUGGAUGGUACUGGUGCAGUGCAGGAGAUCUGCAGAUUCCUGUUCACAUUGCAGUUAAUAGUUUAACAGAGAGGUGGUGGGAAGACGUUAUCGCUUUUAUUCCAACAGAGGGCAAAACAUAUUUUGUUGUUGUCUGUAUUAGACGACGUCGUAUCCGUUUUAAGCUGGCGCGAGAAAGCAAAUCCAUGGCAGAGGCAGGGGAGCAAACAUCUUUGAGAAUUGUUUCUGCACCUUCACGUUUUAAAUCACAAGUGUGGAAACACUUUGGAUUUUACACACUGCCAGGAAGAGCUGCGCUGUACAUGACUAAAAUGGUAUGCAAACUCUACCAUACAGUGAUAGCAUAUUGUGGCAAUACGACCAACUUAAGUGCCCACCUUGCUCGACACCAUCCCGAGCUGAAUUUUGGGCUGAACGGCAAACAACCUGCAGCAUCUCAACAAACUCUGGAUGUGACAUUGAGUAAAUUACCAUGCACUUCGGAGAAGGCAAAACGCAUCACAGAGUCGAUUGCUCUUUUUAUCUGCAAAGACAUUCGACCUUAUAGCGUUGUGGAAAAUGCAGGUUUUCGAAAUAUGAUCCAUACUUUGGAGCCGAGGUACGGUAUUCCAUCGAGGAAGCUUUUCGCAGACACCAUAUCCAGAGAUGUUCUGCAUUGCAUAAAAGUGAAGGAUGUGAACCUUGCUGAUGUUGGCAUUCAGCCAUCGAUGAAGUUAAGUCUUCAAACUGAAUCAACAGUCACCAUCCCAUGUGGUUAUGAUAGGGCAUAUAUACACAAUAAGAAAUACUGGUGUUCUAAUUAUUAUUUAUCAUUCAGUUCCUGCUCAAUUCAGGCUUAUGCCAAUAAUACAAAGGGGAAAGUGACAGUGACUGAUAACCCAGCUGAGAGUUUCUUUACUGUGACUCUGGGUCAUCUCCAGACAAAAGACACUGGAUGGUACUGGUGUGGUGUAGAGAUAGACAGAGGUUCAGAUGUCAGAGAAGCCCUUUACAUCACAGUGAAAUCAGAUCCUGAUCUGUCAGUGAAUGAGAGCAGAGUGAGAGGUGAAGAAGGCGGCAGCGUCACAGUCCAGUGUCUCUACAGUGCAGAGAAUCGGAAUAAACAGAAGCAGUGGUGCAGAUUCAAAGAUGGACAAUGCAGCACAGUGAGGACUGAAACAUCCCAGAAUUCAUCAGUGUACAUCAGUGAUGAUGGGAGAAGAUCCUUUAGUGUGAGGAUGAGUGGACUGAAGAAGAGUGAUGCUGGAUGGUACUGGUGCAGGGCAGGAGAUCUGCAGGUUCCUGUUCACAUUGCAGUUAAUAGUUUAACAGUUUCUCCAACAGUGACCAAUAAUACAGAUUCAGAUAACAAUCAACAAAACUCCACGCAUCAAACACUGCUUCUCUGGCUCAUGGUGGCUCUAGGACUGGGGCUGCUGCUCAUUCUUGUCAUCGCUGUAACUUACAUGAUGAAAAAGAUGUGCAAGAAGGAAAUUCAAACGAGGACCAGAAUGAAGAGCAAUGACUCUGCUGCUCACACACCACCAUUAGUACAGGACCGUGAAGGAGAUGUGACCUAUUCCUCUGUGUUCAAUGCAACCAAAAAGCAAACUCAUGCUCUCAUAGUCAAAGAGGACGAAGUGACCUACGGCAAUGUGGAUACUUCAACAGUCAAAGAUGAUGAUGUGACCUACGGCAAUGUGAAUUAUCCAAGCAUUAGACCUGAUAAGGUAAUCUACAGCACCGUAAUUCAUGAUUUAAAAAGGUCAGUGCAGGUUCUGGACAUGAUGACUGGACGAUACAACAGUCCAUCUGUUCACACACUGUUUAACACCAAGGGGAAUGUUAGAGAAGCAAGUUCCUUUGUGGAGGAGAACCCAGAGGAAACCAACACAGAACUCAGAAGAAAGUCUACACAGCUACUCAUCAGAACUCUGAACCUGAAGACUUUGCAAGGCAAUGCAAUGGUAGAGAGCAUGAGGACACUGAAAAAUGUAGCUGUAAAAAGUGGAGGAUCUGUCACUAUUCCAUGUCUUUAUGAAGAACAGUACAAAGCAAACAAUAAAUUCUGGUGCAAAGGGUACUAUUGGGCUACCUGCAGUAUCGUAGCCUAUGCAAACUCAAGUGGAAAUCCAUUAGUUAUUGAUCAUCCAGAGCAGAAUUUGUUCACUGUGGAACUGAACUCUGUCUCUGAGUCUGGAAGGCGAUGGUGUGCUGCAGAAAUUGGGGAUAAAUGGCAGCCGGAUGACCGUGAUUAUUUGUACCUGAUGGUUAGUCAAGAUCCUGAUCUGUCAGUGAAGAAGAGCAGAGUGAGAGGUGAGGAAGGAGGCAGCGUCACAAUCCAGUGUCUCUACAGUGCUGCGUAUCAGAAUAAACAGAAGCAGUGGUGCAGAUUUAAAGACGAACAAUGCAACACAGUGGGGACUGAAGCAUCCCAGAAUUCAUCAGUGUACAUCAGUGAUGAUGGGAGAGGAAUCUUCAGUGUGAGGAUGAGCAGACUGAAGAAGAGUGAUGCUGGAUGGUACUGGUGCAGUGCAGGAGAUCUGCAGGUUCCUGUUCACAUCAGUGUCGGUGUUGACGAUUCAGAGAGCUGGAGAUGUUCUGUAUCGCAGACAACUGAAAGACGUGAUCUUGGUGACAUUGAGAAUAUAAAUAGCAGGAAUGUUGGACUUAGUUUGUUGGAAAUAUUUUUAUACAAACAAGACAGUCAGUGGUGUGUUAUUCCUUUUUCAUUUACACUAUCUAUCUAUCUAUCUAUCUAUCUAUCUAUCUAUCUAUCUAUCUAUCUAUCUAUCUAUCUAUCUAUCUAUCUAUCUAUCUAUCUAUCUAUUCAUAUCUUAGUCAGUGUAACCCUUCUGUAAAAAAGCAUA